GAGUGUCCAUCUUUGCUAUUUUGUUCCACCACAUUGGAGCGACACGUCCUUUAACUUGUAGCUUGUUGACAGUGCAAGUUUCCCGAAAGACAAAAGCCUUCAACGAUGACAGAUAACGGCUUAGUAGCGAGUCCAUUCCGGUGCUGGAGGCGUCCAGACUUGCCCAGCAAGUGUACCUAUGGCUCUAGCAAAGAUUCCCCUCACGUCCACCGCAAGUGUGUUGACAAGCCCAAGAUAAUGGACACAAUCUUGGACAACAUCGGACAGACGCCGCUUGUCAGGGUCAACCGCAUCACCAAGAAGGAUGACAUCAAGUGUGAGCUCUUGGUCAAGUGCGAGUUCUUCAAUGCUGGUGGGAGUGUGAAGGACAGGAUUGGUCUGCGGAUGAUCUUGGACGCCGAGGAGAAGGGACAUCUGAAACCGGGUGAUGUCCUCAUAGAACCCACUUCUGGAAACACAGGUAGUUAUACACUGGCAGUGAAGGGAUACCGCUGUAUCAUUGUGAUGCAUGGGAUGUAGAUACAGAGCAUGGAGAAGGUGGACGUGUUGCGGGCAUUGGGUGCUGAGAUUGUUCGGACCCCGACCACCGCUGCCUUCGACUCCCCCGAGUCCCACAUCGGUGUGGCACGGAGACUGAUGGAGGAGAUCCCCAACUCCCACAUUCUGGAUCAGUACCGGAAUGCUAGCAAUCCUCUGGCCCAUUAUGAUGGAACCGCUGAAGAAAUCCUCAAAUCAUGUGACGACAAGCUGGACAUGCUGGUGCUUGGUGCUGGAACAGGGGGCACAUUGACAGGUGUGGCCAGGAAGAUUAAGGAGAGGUGCCCUAACUGUAAGAUCAUUGGUGUGGAUCCUGAGGGCUCCAUUAUCGCUGAGCCGGAGGAGCUAAACAAAACGGACAAAACAUUCUAUGAGGUGGAGGGCAUCGGCUACGACUUCCUGCCAACAGUCUGCGAGAGGAAGUUUGUAGACAAGUGGUACAAGUCUGUGGACAAGGACUCCUUUAUCAUGGCGCGAAGGAUGAUCCGUGAAGAGGGACUCCUUGCAGGAGGCAGUUCAGGGUCAGCCAUGGCGUGUGCAGUAAAGGCCAUCCGAGACUUCGGCCUAAAGGAAGGUCAGAGAUGUGUGGUCAUCCUCCCGGACUCCAUCAGGAACUAUAUGUCCAAGUACCUGAGUGACGACUGGAUGAGCCAGCGAGACUUCCUGGAACUAGACCACCAGGUGGAGCCCUCCAAGGAGUGCAGCACCUACAGGUGGUGGAGUUUGAAGGUGAGCUCCCUCAACCUGCAGGCGCCUCUGACAGUGACACCCAGCGUGACGAUCCAAGAGACCUUGGAGCUGCUGAACCGCGAGGGCUUUGACCAGGUCCCUGUUGUGGAUGAGGCUGGAUGCAUCUUGGGAAUGGUAACCGUUGGCAACAUGAUGGCUCAGGUGGUAAAGAACAAAGCAAAGUCAAAUGACCCCGUGUCCAAGGUCAUGUACAAACAGUUCAAGCAGAUCCACAUGGACACGUCACUGGGUCAGCUCUCCCGCAUGUUGGAUACAGACCACUUCGUCCUCGUUGUGCACAACCAGAGACAGUACGAGGGAGGCAGCUUAAUGUCCAAGAAGCAGAUGAUUUUUGGCAUCGCAACAAGGAUUGACUUGCUCAACUUCAUCACACAACAUGAAAACAGCGACAAAUCCAAACAUGAGGACAAGUAGAACUGACCCUACUUGAAACUGACAUCAUAUGGAACAGACGCCACAUAAAGCAGACAAUACUUGAGGCAGAUGUCCUCUUCAAGCAGAUGUUUCUUUGAAGAAGACAUCACUUGAAGCAGACAUCUCUGGAAGCAGUUGUCUCUUGAAGAAGAUGUCACUUGAAGAAGAUGUCUCUUGAAGCAGAUGUCGCUUAAAGCAGAUGCCACUUGGAGCAGAUGUCACUUGAAGUGAUUUUGACAUGAAUCUGACGUAACUUUAAGAAGAUGAACUGAAAUGAUUGAGGGCAAAUUUAAAUUGCUGUGGUGUCUGUAUGUUUUUGUUUCUGUGAGCAAACUAUGGCAUGAUGUCAACAAAUAUUCCUCUUUUUACAUAUAUGUUUAUGUAUAUAGUUCUACUUAUAGGGUGCGGCAACAUUUGAUGAUGUUUUGUUUGUCCUUGAUACUGAUUAUAUUGUCAUGCUACAGUGAGUCCUGUCAAUCUGGAAACAUUACAGUUACAGCUCAGGGACCGCCCAGUUGAGCAUAGAUGAAACCAAACCUUGUUUUCUGGACACUUGGUGAGAGGCAUGUAAUUGUCUUCUUUUGAAAACCUGACGCAGAUUUACUGCAUUCCUGUAUUUUUAUAAAAACCCACUUCUUUGUCCUUUUUUUAAAAAUAUCCCAGUCCCAAAACCGUAAGUAUGCCCUCAUCUAAGACCCAGACCCAGAUUAUCAAAUGAAUGGUCCCUAAGUAUGCCCGUAUCCAUGACCCAGACCCAGAUUAUCAAAUGAAUGGUCCCUAAGUAUGCCCUCAUCCAAGACCCACACCCAGAUUAUCAAAUGAAUGGUCCCUAAGUAUGCCCUUAUGCAAGACCCAGACCCAGAUUAUCAAAUGAAUGGUCCCUAAGUAUGCCCUCAUCCAAGACCCAGAUUAUCAAAUGAAUGGUCCCUAAGUAUGCCCUUAUGCAAGACCCAGACCCAGAUUAUCAAAUGAAUGGUCCCUAAGUAUGCCCUCAUCCAUGACCCAGACCAAGAUUAUCAAAUGAAUGGUCCCUAAGUAUGCCCUCAUCAAUGACCCAGACCCAGAUUAUCAAAUGAAUGGUCCCAAAGUAUGCCCUCAUCCAUGACCCAGACCCAGAUUAUCAAAUGAAUGAAGUGACAGGACUCCUGUAUUGAUGACUUAACUAAUUGUUCGUGCCACUAGGUGAUGGGGUAGCACCAGUUGGUGGUUGUACACCUGGUCCUUCCUCAUCUGCUUUGCUCAAAAAUUCAUAUGAAAGAUUUACAUUCAGAA